UUUGUUACCUCUUUCUCUGCUGCUUAAUCAUACGGAUCGAGCACAAGAACUAGCUUCUUUUGUCUCUAUUGAUCUCUCUUUUUACUUUUUAUCUUCCUCUGCCUUGGCUGCAAUACUUCUUUGAGAGAGAGAGAGAGAUGGGACAUCACUCAUGCUGCAACAAACAGAAAGUGAAGAGGGGGCUAUGGUCUCCGGAGGAAGAUGAAAAACUCAUCAACUGCAUUACAACAUAUGGCCAUGGCUGCUGGAGCUCAGUUCCUAAACUUGCAGGCCUUCAGAGAUGUGGAAAGAGCUGCAGACUGAGAUGGACAAAUUAUUUGAGACCUGACUUGAAACGUGGGAGCUUCUCUCCCCAAGAAGCUGCACUCAUCAUCGAACUCCAUAGCAUUCUAGGCAACAAAUGGGCUCAGAUAGCCAAGCACCUGCCAGGAAGAACAGAUAAUGAAGUGAAGAACUUUUGGAACUCAAGCAUAAAAAAGAAGCUCAUCCCUCAUGAAGUUAAUCCUGCAUUUGCCUCCUUUUCUAGUGAUCAUAUUCACAACUCUGGAGGUCAUGGCUCUGAGGAAGGUUUCUUCACUGUCAAUACAAACCCUAAUUUGGGUUCUCAACCACAAGACCAGCUAUACCUCCCCAUUGUUCCACCAAUGCCAUCACUAGGUCUCGAUGAUCAUGGUGAUUUUAAUAACAUUCUCAAGUUAGACCAGACCAGUUACGCUUCCAAUUUCGUCGAUCAUUUUUUGCCGCCUUUCCAAUUACCAUCAGAUAAUUCAUCCUCAUGUGAAUCCUCAUCAUGGUCUUUAGGCUAUCAGCCCCAUUACCAAUAUGAUCCAAAUGUUCAACAAGUUCAAAAUUUCAGCAUCAAUGAAGCUGCUGCGGCACAGUAUAAUAAUGGUGGUAAUGAGCUUAUGGUUCCAAUUAGUAUGGCAUCGUCAGCGUCAGCCGCUUAUGAAAAUCUAUCAAAUACACCCACCAUGCCUAAAUUUUGUGAAAUCAUUGAUAGUAAUGCUUGUGGAAUGCCAAUACUAUACCCAUCCGAUGCACAAGAACUUGAUUCACUUGCCAAAUUAUCAUGCUUUACUUCUGGUCAUGGGUCUCACCCUCAAGAUCUUCAAUUUCCAUCCAACCAGUUGGAGUGAAUUAAUGCAACAUGUCCUCGUUGCCAUUGUCUUCAUCAUCGUCGUCGCUUCUAUUGGCAUCUUCAUCCUUGUCACCUUUCAAGCAGCCAAUUUGUCGCAAACCCUAAUGUUCGUUGAAGCUGCUGGGAAGCCUAGCUGGUUAGACAUAGUAUUAAAUUUGCGAAUUAGGUAUUUUGUAUGGUUGAUUAAAAUAGACUGAAAAUUGCAUAUCUUUCUGGAAAGGGAUCCUCUCCGGAUCCCUUCCUCUUAAUCCACCAAAUCAGGAAAUCCAUACCAUUGAAAAUUGAUCCAACAACUGAAGUUAUUAUAACUUUUGAAGUGGGCCCCUGUUAGUAGCCGUUGGAUCAAAUUUUAAUAGCACGGAUUCUCUGAUUUAGUGGAUUAGGAGGAAGGGAUCUGGAGAGAAUCCCUUUCCUAUCUUUCUAUCUUGACAUUUGAAUAAGUUGAUGAUAUUCUCAUUACCAGAAAACCUAAAUGUUGCUAGUUCAGGCCCCUUAGGGAGUAAUGUUUGUUGAAACUCCAUAAAUU